UUCUUCUGAAUGAAUACAUUUGCUAGUGCAGUACGCAGCAGCAGCAACAGUGUGGUGCUCUGGGUCUCCAGCUCUGCCUCAGGCUCGCUGAACAUCUGCAAGACAAUUUUUUUAUGUUCUGUAAAUGAAUGCUGCCUAAUUGCACCAGGAAAAUGGGCACAGGGGAUUAUAUCUGCAUUGCUAUGAGCGGAGGGGCGCCUUGGGGCUUUAGAUUGCAAGGUGGCAAGGAGCAAAAACAGCCUUUGCAAAUCGCCAAGGUUCGCAACAAAAGCAAAGCAGCUAAGGCUGGGCUGUGUGAGGGGGAUGAGGUGGUGUCUAUCAAUGGCAAACCCUGUGGAGACUUAACCUAUGCUGAAGUUAUCGUUCUGAUGGAAAGCUUGACUGACGUCCUGCAGAUGCUUAUCAAGAGAUCCUCCAGUGAAAUAAAUGAAACUUUGAGUGCUGAAAGAGAAAACGGAAAGCACGAUAACAUAAAAAAUGAGGACUAUAGGGAGAGCACUACACUGCAGAUUAAUACAGCCAAAGAGAUACCCCAUGGAAAUUUGUGCAUCACAGAGAUAUACAGUGAGACUCAUCAGGGAGCAGGAGAAAGCAACAUACACUUUUCUGAAAUGAAACAAGAGACCACACAAAGUCACAGAAUUUCUCCUAAAGUGAUAGGCACCUCCAAAGCGCUUGUGACUGAUGAAUCUGCUUUCAGAGGGAAGAUAGAAGAAAGAAGGCCAGGCAAUAUGGUUGAGCUGCAGUUAUCCCUCUCAAAUGAUGGUCACAAGAGCACCAACGCUCCUUCUGUGACUCUCUUAGGGGCAGAAAAAAGCACCCCUUCAGGAAGAGGACCCAGUGUACAAGAAGACGGGACCAACCCAGUAAUCACAAUUCCCCUGAGUGUGAAAGAGGGCAACAUCCAGUGGUCAAGCAAAGUAGUCCAGUUUUCUAGUAGCAAAGAGGUCAAGAUGAUCCAAAGUGCAGCUCCAUCUAUCCCCAGGGUGGAGGUGAUCCUAGACUGUUCAGACAGAGAAAAAGAAGCACCCAAGUCUCUAGCUGAAAGGGGGUGUGUUGAUUCUCAAGUGGAAGGAGGGCAGUCAGAAGCACCUCCUUCUCUCCCCUCCUUUGCAAUCUCAUCAGAAGGCACAGAGCAGGGAGAAGACAACCAGCACUCGGAAAGGGAUCACAGACCUCUCAAGCACAGGGCAAGGCACGCAAGACUCCGGCGAAGUGAGAGCCUGUCAGAGAAGCAGGUUAAAGAAGCCAAAUCUAAAUGUAAAAGUAUUGCAUUGCUGCUGACGGCAGCUCCCAACCCCAAUUCCAAGGGGGUGUUGAUGUUCAAGAAGCGUCGGCAAAGGGCGAGGAAAUAUACUUUAGUCAGCUACGGGACUGGGGAGCUGGAACGUGACGAAGACGAGGGUGAAGAAGGUGAAGUCGAAGAGGGGGACAAAGAAAAUACUUUUGAAGUGAGUUUGCUUGCAACAAGUGAGUCAGAAAUAGAUGAAGAUUUCUUCUCUGAUAUUGACAACGACAAGAAGAUUGUGACAUUUGAUUGGGACAGUGGUCUACUUGAGGUUGAAAAGAAGACAAAAAGUGGAGACGAGAUGCAGACGCUUCCAGAGACAACAGGUAAAGGGGCCCUCAUGUUUGCCAGGAGACGGCAGAGGAUGGAUCAGAUUACUGCUGAGCAAGAGGAGAUGAAGGCACGCACAGUGCAUGCAGAGGAACAAAGGGAAGUCACCGUGUCAGAGAACUUCCAGAAAGUAAGCUCUUCAGCCUAUCAAACAAAAGAGGAAGAAAUGUUAAGACAGCAACCCUGCAUAAGCAAAAGCUAUGCAGAUGUGAGCCAGAAUGAUGGUAAAAUUGUACAACAGAAUGGGUUUGGCGUAGCACCAGACACAAGCCUCUCUUUUCAGUCUUCUGAAGCUCAAAAAGCAGCAUCUUUGAACAGAACAGCUAAACCCUUCCCUUUUGGGGUUCAAAACCGAGCAGCUGCACCAUUUUCACCCACAAGAAAUGUCACUAGUCCUCUUUCAGAUUUACCAGCACCACCUCCCUACUGCUCUAUCAGCCCACCACCAGAGGCUUUAUACAGACCUCUAUCAGCUCCCGCAGCAAGCAAAGCAGCGCCAAUUCUCUGGUCACACACAGAGCCAACCGAACGCAUAGCAUCCAGAGAUGAGAGGAUUGCAGUGCCAGCCAAAAGAACUGGGAUACUGCAAGAGGCAAAGAGAAGGAGCACAUCAAAGCCUAUGUUCUCUUUCAAAGAAGCACCCAAAGUAAGUCCGAAUCCUGCCCUGUUGUCCCUUGUACACAAUGCAGAAGGCAAAAAAGGUUCUGGAGCUGGUUUUGAGUCAGGACCCGAAGAAGACUACCUCAGUUUGGGAGCAGAAGCUUGCAACUUCAUGCAGAGUCAAGCGUCUAAGCAAAAGGCCCCUCCUCCUACUGCUCCAAAGCCUUCACUCAAGGUCUCUCCUGCUGCUGGUACCCCAGUUUCACCAGUUUGGUCACCAGCUGUGGCUUCUAACAAGGCUCCUUCUUUCCCAGCUCCAGCUUCACUGCAGGCAGCAUACCCUGCACCACUCAAAUCCCCACAGUACCCUCAUUCUCCCUCUGCCAAUCCUCCAAAUACUCUCAACCUAUCCGGUCCCUUCAAAGGGCCUCAGGCAACCCUAGCGAGUCCAAACCACCCAGCCAAGACACCAACCACUCCAAGUGCUGGCGAAACAAAACCCUUUGAGAUGCCGCCAGAGAUGAGGGGAAAAGGAGCACAAUUAUUUGCCAGAAGACACUCUCGAAUGGAGAAAUAUGUGGUUGAUUCAGAGACUGUGCAAGCAAACAUGGCACGAGCCUCAUCUCCAACUCCAUCUUUACCAGCUUCUUGGAAAUAUUCAUCUAAUGUCCGAGCACCUCCACCUGUUGCUUAUAAUCCCAUACACAGUCCAUCUUAUCCUCCUGCUGCUACCAAGCCUUUCCCUAAGUCCACUGCUGCUACUAAAAAUACCAAAAGAAAACCUAAGAAAGGUCUCAAUGCUUUGGAUAUUAUGAAACAUCAACCUUAUCAACUUGAUGCAUCAUUAUUUACUUUUCAACCUCCUAGUAAUAAGGAAAGCCUAGGUAUUAAACAAAUACCGAAGUUGCCCACUUCAAAGCAAGCUACAUCCUUACGACUGCCUGGUUCUGCAUCUCCUACAAACGUCCGGGCAUCUUCAGUGUACUCUGUGCCAGCCUACAGUUCGCAACCGUCGUUCCAAUCAAAUGCCUCCACCCCAGUAAAUGAAUCAUAUACACCGACAGGCUAUUCUGCAUUUUCUAAGCCAGAAUCCACUACAUCCUCUUUGUUUACUGCUCCGAGGCCAAAAUUUUCAGCAAAGAAAGCUGGCGUCAUUGCACAGGAUCCUCAUCCAGAUUUCCUAGCUUGCAGAAUGCAAAGUGAUUGGUUAUAAAAAGAUCCACUUUUCCAGUAUGACCUUUUUCAAAAUAUAACGAUACAACUUUGUCUGAAGUUAAAUGUCCAGGAUUCCACUGAUCGUUUUGUGAGUUCAGCAUGGCAAGUGCAAACCUUAAUUACACAGCUUGGCAAAAUGUUAUUGUAAAAUGAAUCUGCUCAGUUUGAAUGAGAAAUGUUAUACAAAGAAGAAAUUCGAUGACAAGAUAUUAAAAAAACUCUGGAUUCAGAAUCUUUGAACAUACUGCUGGUAGAAAUGUUUCUUGGGAAAAUAUGUGAGCCUGGUAUUUACUUGGUGCCACCUUCACAAGUUCAUAGUACCCAUGACAAGAACUGUAUUUGAUCAUAAACAUUACUUCUGCAUGUAAUUACAGUUGGGAGGAGCUGGAAUCAUUCAUAAGCUAUGUUUGACAAGUGCUUUUUAGGCUGGAGCCUUACUCCAGGAAGAAUUUUAGGAUUUUUAUCAAAUGAUUAAAAAGUAAUCCUGAAGCUUAAGGAAAUAACGUAUUGGAAGGCUCUCUACAGAAACAGAUUUGAGCUCUUGUUUUACAAGCUAAGGCUAACCACAUAGUGAUAUUUCCAUGGUUUAAAUGUUGGCAUCCUUGAGUAAGGCAGGCAAGGACUUUUAUAAAAGAUGGUAAUCAAUUCUCUUGUUACUCUGUAGUUUUCAGAGGAAAAAAUUCUUGCUUGUAACGAUCUUGACAAACAGUUUUUAAUUUCAAUGCAUGUGAAACCAUUACAAAGUUAUGCAGUGGUACUUUAUAACAGUAACUGUAUGCUCCCUUAGGCUGAGGAAACAGCUCUGAGAAAAAUAACUUACUGAACCAUGUUUAUAGAUGGACAAAGUAGAUGAAGGCUUUGUGAGCAGGUUAUUCAGUAUAUCAGGUCAAAGUGUUUUCAAACAAGAAUCCUUGAUUCUUUCAUAUGGUUUGAGACUGACAUCUUGAAAAGGUAAUUCCAGACAAUUGAAAGAUACACUGCUGCAAAAGUAACGUAUCACCUGCCAUUGUUUUUCUCAUAGAAUUUCCAACUCAAUUUAGGGCACACAACGGUACCGCUCACCUAAUGAACAGCCCUUCACUAAUUUGUAUUGACCUUGUUCUGUUCUUAGCACCAUUCCUUAUAUAACGCAUGCUCUUCAAAGUAUGCUCUUCAUGCUGAAUGACUUAUUUCCACAAAGCUUUUUUUGUUAGCAUUUAGUUGAUUCAGAAGCUGUAACUUGUUUUUCCACUACUGUAUGAAUGAGUAAAUGAAGAUGGAGGCACUGAUACUAGGGUACUCCUUAGCAUUAGCUUCCGAGUUCAAGACACUUAGCAUCAAGGCCAAUAGGAUGUGAACUAGUCACUGUGCAAAAGCAUAGUUCUCCUUAACAGUCUGUGAACGUUCACAGAUUACAGUUCUCCAGGUGGAACUCCAGAAAAGGGAAUCCUCAAUGACCAGCCAGUGAAAAUGUCUUUCACACAAUAUAUUCCUUUGUUAUAUUAUCAUACAAUUUGCUAAAAGAAAUGUUAAAACUGCACUGGAUGGGGCAGCGGUGCUAAAAUUUAAUAAAGAUAUGUAUGCAUUAGGCAAUUACGUUUACAUUUCAUAGCUUUUGAAGACUUAUCUUCCAUAUUUAAUUCCAUUGCUUCAAGGUAACUUUGUGUGUUUAAGACCCAAGAGGUUUUUUUUAGAACAAACCAAACCUCAAAAUACUAUCACACAGAUCACUGUUACCUGUAGGGUCCUCCAGCAUGGCUCGGACCACCAACUGUCAUCAUGCUACUUAAAUCCUAGAAUCCUAAAAUGGCCUGGGUUGAAAAGGACCACAAUUAUCAUCUAGUUUCAACCUCCUGCUAUGUGCAAGGUCGCCAACCACCAGAUCAGGCUGUCCACAUCCCCAGUUGUUGACACCUGGCUGUGAAUCUGCACCAGGAGGAUGGCACAGUUUCCAGUAGGGCUCUUAAGUUUUUUCUGAUAUCAGUGAGAUCAAGGAAGGGCACACUCCAUCCCUCUGGGGAAGAAAUUUCUCUGGAGUUCUGAAGGAAAGUACACAGCAGUAAACACAGGUUCUUUUCCUCAGGUGUACCUUCAUGGCCCUAUUUCAUCAUUCUAUUUUUUCUUGGCCUGGCCUCCUCCUCAUAGCCUAAUUGCAAACUAAACAGGUCAAUUUUCUACUCCUUAAGUUUCUCAUCAAGGCCUGUGAAACUUGGCCAUCAAUACCUACUCUCAUCACUCUCCAAGCCAGUCCUGAGUACAGUUUUUCCUUCCGCAUCAAGUAUUACUAUCUUGUUUUGUUUUGGCCAGACUUUCCUCAGUCCUUCACCUACUGGUUUCUUCCAUUCUGCUGGAGUUAUUCUUGCCCCAAUAUAUUCAGUUCAGAUGUUUUCCCUUUCAAAGAUGCUUUGGCCCCACAGGAGGUCUUGAGCUAUGUCAAGAAGCAGGUGUGAUGUGCAGCACACCUCAGUCCUAAAAAGUGACCGUGUAGAGCCCUGUAUUCAGAUCCAGUGUUGUGAAGACACACAGGUAUGCAUCAUAUGUCUACACACAACAUUUGUGAAUGAAAAUACAGCUGCACAGCAAGUGCCAGAGCUAUGAUACACCUCACUAUCUUCACAGGUAUUCUCCAGCCUAUGGAGAUACAUAUAGCCUGCAGGUCUGACAGGGAGGGCAGGACACUGCAGGAACUGGGAAACAGAUAAGGUGUUCCUAUUGAGCCUCACAUUCCUGAUGAACCUGUGUUACCUAAAAUUACUGGACCACUUGGCCUGGACAUAAAUAGACAAGGAUAAGAAUAGAUGUAUGAGACACUUCAGAUUCAAAGAUCAGUCUUAAAGCAGUUCUAAAGCAUAAAGCAGUACUACUUUUAAAGGAAAAGGAGUCUAGAAUUUUUUGGUAUCUGUAAGCUUUUUUUUUUUUUUCCUCUUCCUAUUCUCACUCUUAAGUGGUUGAGCCAUACGGGUUCACUUGGUUAAACUGCAAUUCAGGCGGCUGAAUCAUUUGAGAUGAAAUAAUAACCACAAGACAGAGGAUUUUGGUUUGAAAGAUUUGAUAAGGAAAUUAUAUGGAUCUGGAUGCUAUCUUUUCACUUGGAAAUGUUCAGAAAAAAACAAUGCCACCAUUUCCAAGAAGUACAAUAAAUUCAGUAUUUACUUGAUUUCAUUUUAGAAAAAAUAUCAGUAACCUUCCUUAAUACUAAACUCUUCUGUUGUCCAUAAAAAAUAGAAAUGUCAGAAACUGAGACCAAUUUUGCACUUGUUUUUAAACUUCUAUCCAAAAGGAAGCAAGGCUUCGUGCUCUAACACCUAGGAAAUUGUAAAAUAUUUAAGUCCAGAAGAUGGCAGCAAAUGUUCCUCCUUAGGGGAAAUAAACUGUCCAUUCCAAGACCCAAGGACCAAAAUGCUGCAUUCCAAUUUAUGCCUGCUACAAAUUAUUUCCAGCAUUUUUAAUUUUAUUCCCUUUAUAAAAAAAAAUGAAAGUUAUAUUGUAAAGUAGCCAUGGCAUUUACAGCAAAGCUGGCAGCAUUUCAGAGAAGUUGUUUUCUUCACUAUAUAAAGUUUAAGUUGUAAAUGUUUCAGAUGAAAAAAACAAAAUAAGCUUAGUAACAUCUUCCUUCUAUAUAUAAGUCAAAUUAAAAAUCUGAAAUGCUUGUUUUCUGUUUAAGAAAUUGGAGAGAAUGAAAGAAUUGAAACAAAAUAUAUAUAUAAAUCAGGUAUUAUUUAUUUCAUCCUACCAUCUUCUCUUGGGUUCAUUCUCUAACUGCAGUAGCCAUUACAAGGCAAUAAAAAGCAAAGUGACAAAUGUAACCCUCAACUUUUAUAAAGACAAUGUCAUUCCGCAGCAGUCCAGUUGUUUUAACCACUUCCUUUUCCUUUGUUUCCCUUUAGUGUAAACAGUAACCAGAUGCUAAUGUUAACUCUCAUUUGAACCUGCAUAAGCCUCAUGAUUAAAAUGAAAAAAAAAAGUCUUAAUGAUUUAGAAAGUCAAUCAUAUUACAUUUAUUUUAGUUUUACUUAUUAAUACACAUCUCUUAAGUGCUAUAAAUGCUUACAAUAAAUGUGUCCUUCACUCACCAGUUUAUAAACAUUUUGCAUUUUUUUAAUCAGCAUUACUUUGAAUCUUUCCACAUGGACACCUGAGCAGUCAGCAGUUCUUGCUAGUGUUCCAGGGCUGCAAUGGACAGUUCUGAACCGCCUUUCCUUUUAUUGGCAUCCAGGAAUCUUUCCCUUUAAUAGCUACAGUAGAAAAAGCCUUCCCUUUUCUCGGAAGGGGCAAUAGAAAAAGGCAAGUUAAUCACUGUAUGGCAUUCCCUUUUGUUUUGUAGCCUUAAAACAUCUUGUGUUCUGGUACAGUAUUAUUUUUAAUGUUUUACAAAAAGAGUACAGUAAUACAGUGUGUGAUAAUUUAAUAAUUCUGUUAUCACAUCACUUUUCCUUCUCUUUUGAUUGUGAGAAGAAGAAUAGAAGAUUCUUACCCCUCUGUUUAUAAUCUUAUAUUUUACGGUGAUGGGAUCGAAUAACCUUCCUCCAUUUGCACUUCCCUCUGUCCAUUUUCCCUCUAUCUCAUUUAUGACCAAAGGUUUAUGCAUUCUUUUUAGUGUAUGCAUGUCAAAAGAUCUAUUUUAACAUAUUAAAUAGGAAGGGAAAAAUAAUAGAAAGUAUCACCAUGAUUGGCCACUGCUAUCUAGUAAAGGAAUGAUGAAUUCUGGUGAUUAAAUGUUGCCUUGAUUUCACAGUUUGUUAGAAAUCAGUUUAUGAAUAUCAAAUGCAGAUCUGCUAUGAGUUUAGAGAUUUUCACACCCAGAUUUUCAGUCUAUGAACUUCACCACCAAUAAUCAGAAUUAAAGGCAACGUUAAUCAUAUCUCAGUUCUUACAUUUGAGACAUUUGUAUUGAAGGAAAAGCUUGCUUUUCUACAAAUAUUUAAAGGUAUGGAAAAAUGCCAAAGAUUACAACAAUUUCAGAAUAAAGUUGGGGUAGGCAUAGACAAAUAUUAGACUAUAUAGAUUAUCCCAAUAGUAUAUCACUAUGCAAUGUUUAUUGAUUAUUUAAAAAAAAUCAAAUAUCUGCUGUGCAGCAUGCUUUCAAGUUAUUUGCAUUGCAAUAGAUACCACCAUAGCAAUAUAAUCAGUGAGUUGUCUUAGAGACUAAAUUCCUCCUCCUUAGAGUAAAGACUGAGGCAUUUUGGCACAGUGCACAUAACUGAUGCAUUUGCUUUAUUUCUUUCAUGGGUGAUAAAAGAAAUUGAAUAAUUUUCUGUGAAAGAGCCAAGAGAAUUACAAAUGAAUCCUGAAUCCAAAAGGUUGUAACUACUUCAAGGUGCAGUCACUUCACAGAACUUGACAAAUUGCUUCAGGCCCGAAGUGAUUUUCCUAUUUAAUUUUCCUAAAUUUAUUAAAAAUAAAAUUGGAACACCAAAACAAAUACUAUAGUUCAUCAUUUUCAUCUUGCAGAGGGAACUUGGUUGCUGUCAUUCAGAUAUAGGUUGAUCAUCCAUCCAGAAUGCAGUAAUCAUUGAUUACCUUCUGUGAUAAAGAUCUUCCUGAAUGCAUUCACUGUAUCCAUUGUAUCUAGUUUCCAAGGAAGAUACUUUGCACCUAACAAAGCUGCCUACUGGGGCAAGAGAAAUCAGCCUUUUGUCACCUGGUCUGUUUUUCCAUCAAAGUUAAAUCUCUGACAAUAGCUAUGAAAAUGAUGUCUAGAACUUAACAUGAUUAUGUGAGACCCAGGAGACCAAUGAAAAAAAUGUGCAAAAUACUCUAGCAAAUUGAAAUCAGUGAAAAAAUAAUAGUUUGGCAAAAUAGACAAGACCUGAAAUAGCUAUUCUUGGGGUUCUAGAGUAGAAAAAAAGCAUACUUAUCAAUUUUUAAAGAAAUAAUUUAUUCCAAAUUAAUUGGAAUGAUCUCUUAUUGCCCGGGUAAACUGCUACUCCAAGUCACCUGGGAGUCUAAAUCAAAUUUUGUUGGAAAAAUCUAUCACAGACAUUUUCAUUUAAUAGAGUGAUCACUGGGUACAUUUCUUUUGUAGCUAAGAAAAGCCAUCCUUACGUAAGGAAAUGUUCUUCAUCUGUGAGAUGGUGUGAACUAUUUGGAUUCUUACGUAGUCAUUUUAUCCCUGUGAGCAUAACUAUAGUUAAAAAUGAAAUAAAAAAAAUGAGUUCAAGUAAUUUUAGUAUAACUAACCUCAUUCCAAGGUGCUACUCACACUCCAGCUAUACUGACUGUUUAUCUUCUAUCAAGACCUAGUGUUCUUGACAAAUAUAGACCCACACUACACAAAAGCUAAAAAAACAAAAAACAAAAACAAAACUCAGAACUAAAAUGAGAAAAGAA